AUGUCCCACACAGCAUUCUUCUACGGCACCCUAAUGGCCCCCCCAGUCCUGCACCGCGUAAUCUGGGGCUCACCCACGCCUCCCACCCCAACCCACGCAUCCCUCCUCCACAUCCGCCCAGCAAUCCUACAUGCGCAUCAGCGCAGAAAAGUAAAAGGAGCAGACUACCCCGGCGUAGUCCCUGUUUCCUGCUCGGAGGCGAGUGUAAGGGGGACGCUGGUGCAAGGACUUACAGACGGUGAUUUAUGGCGCUUAGAUGUUUUUGAAGGGAAGGAAUACGUUCGCAGCAAAGUUAGGGUCAGGGUUCUGCUGCCUAGUCAGAAAAUACAAGGGGAAGGGGGAAAGGAAGGGGAGGGCAUGGGCGAUGUGACUCAAAAAGAAGAAGAUAACGUCGAGGGAGAGGAGGUAGAGGCUGAAACGUAUAUUUGGGUUGCAGGGGAGCACAGGUUGGAAGGUGAUGAGUGGGAUUUUACAGAGUUUGUGAGGGAGAAGAUGGGGAGGUGGGUUGGUGGGGUGGAACUUGAAGAUGUCGAUAAUGCAGUGGCAGCAGCACAAGGCGAUCCAACUGGCGGCCGCGGCGCAAACGGCGAUAUAACACGGCAAUUGAACCAAGAGAGCAGGGCAAGCAGGGAGAUACUCGAGAGUGCGGUGUGA